CGAACAAAUGGGGACAAAUAUCGGCGGAGCGCUCAUGAAAGUUGUCGAGAGCGUGAACCAGACGGUGGGAAUGUCGGAUCCCUCUCAAAUUCCCCGGCAGGUUAUAAUCCUCAUCACAGAUGGGAAACACAACGUGGGCCCGGCCCGCACCGCGCUGUGCAGAUGCUGAAGGACGUUAUCCCAGAGCCAGACAGGAAUCUCGAUAUCUUCACCAUCGGGAUCGGCGACGCAGACAAACGGGAGCUGGAGGACCUCAGCAGCGAGCGCCGGGAACGCCGCUCCUUCUAUUUCGGCAGCUACAACCAGCUGGAGGAGCUCACCAACUUCACCAAGGGCAUGCUGGGCGAUGUGCCGGGCUGUGGGGUGCGAGGCCGGAGCCGGAGGACGAGGCGGACCCUGGCAGGGUGUACGGAGGGGAGAGCGCCGAGGAGAGACAGUGGCCCUGGCAGGUCCGCCUGGUGAUUCAGAUCCAGCCCAGCGCAGCGCUGGGGGCCGGCUCCCUCGUCUCCCCGACCUGGGUCCUCACAGCCGCCCACAACAUGUUCGACGCUGACCGCAUCGUCAACGCUUCGGCCAUUACCGCCUCCUUGGGAUCGACGAAGGGACACGGCGGGGAACUCCGGAAGGUUUCGGAGAUUCACGUUCACCCGCUCUACAGCAAUGAGGAAGCAACUCAGAACGAAAACUUCGCCUACGAUAUCGCCCUCGUCAAACUGGUGAAGCCCGUCACGUUCAACUCCAGGAUCGCACCUGUCUGCCUUCCCUGUACUGAGGAGGUGUCGAAUUUUCUGCCAAUUCCUGCCGCUCCCUGGGAGUCUCAGUGCACCUACCAAGAUCGGAUCCUGACGGGAUACGGCGGAGGGGAGCGGAGGGAGGUGACGGGAUACAUCUCCGGGUGGGGUCUGACCGGAAGUGGCCGCAUUUCCAAAACGCUCCAACACGGGCGCAUCUCCAUCCAGCACAGGAGCCAGUGCAGGAGAGACAAUCUCCAUCCGAGUCUGCUGUGUGCCAAAGGAGACGGGGUAGAUGCCUGCAGAGGUGACUCGGGUGGACCUUUUACCAUCAAAAUUAAACAGAGAUGGAUCCAG